GCGCCUGCCGCCCGCUAGCUCCGGGUUGAAGAAGAGGCUGCCGCUUUAGGCUCGGGGACGCGGGAGGGUGCUUUGCGAGGCUCCGGCCUCCGGGCUGCUACUAUCCUCCGGGGCCUGGGGCUGCAGUGCUCAGGGUCCGGGUCCCUGAUCCUGCGCCCCUCUGGCCAGAGAUCGCUCUCUUUCUCCUCCCGGGAGAAGACACUGUGCUGCACCAGUCACCCCAGGCUAGAGCCCCUCCUGGCCAUGGAAAGGGGCCGGUGAGGGGACGCGCGGAGGCGGAGGAAAAGGCUCGGGAGGAGGGGGGCAGAGGAGCAGGGCGCGGGAGGAGGAGGAGGAUGCCGCCGCCACCGCCACCCGCGGGCUCUCAAUGAGCCUGACUCUAGACCAAGGAUGGAGCCGGCGCUGGGCGCUGCAGGGGCUCCCAACGUGCCCGCCACCAGGUAGCUGUCGUGCAUGCUGCACAUGGUUGAAAGAAGACCCUUGUCCCCAGCUGUCCCUUUGGAGCUACCUUCUCUACCUGAAAGCCUGGGUGACCCGCCUGCAUCGCAGGACCAGUUGAAUUCUGAAAGCUGCUGGCCACAGGCCUGAGGUGCAGAUCACUGCACUUCCUGGACAGGUUGGAUUUGAGACACUGGCAGCCGAGUCUCCACUGGGCAGCAGUCCUUUUUCGACCCUGUGCCUUGGAGCAGCAGCCCCAUGACGGUGCCCAGCCAUGCAAUGUUCCUGGAAGGCUGUCCUCCUCCUUGCCCUGGCCUCCAUUGCCAUCCAGUACACAGCCAUCCGCACGUUCACUGCCAAGUCUUUCCACACUUGCCCUGGACUGACAGAGACUGGACUGGCAGAGCGGCUGUGUGAGGAGGGCCCCACCUUCUCCUAUAACCUCUCCAGGAAGACUCACAUCCUCAUCCUGGCCACCACACGCAGCGGCUCAUCCUUUGUGGGCCAGCUCUUCAACCAGCACAUGGAUGUCUUCUACCUGUUUGAGCCUCUCUACCACGUCCAGAACACUCUCAUUCCCCGCUUCACCCAGGGCAAGAGCCCCGCAGAUCGUAGGGUCAUGCUUGGGGCCAGCCGGGACCUGCUGAGGAGCCUUUAUGACUGUGAUCUCUACUUUCUAGAGAAUUACAUCAAGCCGCCACCCAUCAACCACACCACUGACAGGGUGUUCCGCCGAGGAGCCAGCAGGGUCCUUUGCUCCCGUCCAGUGUGCGACCCUCCAGGGUCCCCUGAUCUGGUCUUGGAGGAGGGGGAUUGUGUGCGCAAGUGCGGCCUGCUGAACCUGACCUUGGCAGCUGAAGCUUGCCGUGAGCGCAGCCACGUGGCCAUCAAGACUGUACGGGUGCCUGAGGUGAAUGACCUUCGAGCCCUGGUGGAAGACCCCAGGCUGAACCUCAAGGUCAUCCAGCUGGUACGAGACCCUCGUGGCAUUUUAGCUUCCCGGAGUGAGACCUUCCGGGACACCUACCGACUCUGGCGGCUUUGGUACGGCACAGGAAGGAAACCCUACAACCUGGAUGUGACACAGCUCACCACAGUGUGCGAGGAUUUCUCCAGCUCCGUGUCCACUGGCCUGAUGCGGCCCUCCUGGCUCAAGGGCAAGUACAUGCUAGUGCGCUAUGAGGACCUGGCCAGAAACCCCAUGAAGAAGACAGAGGAGAUUUACGAAUUCCUGGGUAUACCGCUGGACGGUCAUGUGGCGCGCUGGAUUCAGAACAAUACACGGGGCGACCCCACUUUGGGCAAGCACAAGUAUGGCACAGUGCGCAACUCUGCGGCCACGGCUGAGAAGUGGCGCUUCCGCCUCUCCUAUGACAUUGUGGCCUUCGCCCAGAAUGCCUGCCAGCAGGUGCUGGCCCAGCUGGGCUACAAAAUGGCCAACUCGGAGGAGGAGCUGAAGAACCCGGCCAUCAGCCUAGUGGAGGAGCGCGAUUUCCGACCAUUCUUGUGACCCGAGUGUGGUGGGGGUGGGAGGCAGGUGGCUCUGGUUUUGCUGAUGUGGACCUGCUAUGGACGGUUUUUUAAAACUGUUGCCUUAUCUCCCUCCUCCCUCUCCCACCCUGUCUGUGUGUCCUUCCCACCUCUGCCCACUCUCCUCCCUCCAGCCUUUCCCAGUCUGUGUGUCCUUCCCACCUCUGCCCGCUCCCCUCCCUCCUGCCUUUCCCAUCCUGUCUGUGUGUCCUUCCCACCUCUGCCCGCUCCCCUCCUCCUGCCUUUCCCAUCCUGUCUGUGUGUCCUUCCCACUUC